AUGGCUGGAAAGGUCAUCACUCAAUCAGUCGAGAAUGCGACUCAAGUAGCAGAGCAGACCUUCAACCCAUACUACCCGGUCGGCAGCAUCAUCGAAGGCUAUGCAGCAAACGAAUGGACUGUUUUGGAGCUUCUAGGCGUCUUCUUUGGCGCCUGCACAUUACUGUUCUCCACGACGUAUGUUCUGGCCAAAAGGAUACAGCCAACACUGAGCAAAGGUGAACUUCUUACCAUCAUGUGGUUCGUGCUGUCUGGUGCGAUACACAUCUUCUUCGAAGGCUACUAUGCUGCCAACUACGCGACUCUGGGGUCGAAGCAAACGCUUCUUGGGCAGAUGUGGAAGGAGUAUGCAUUCUCGGAUUCACGCUACCUCACGAAGAACUCCUUUGUGCUCUGCGUGGAGAGUAUCACUGCACUGUUCUGGGGACCAGGAAGUCUACUGGUAGCUGGACUCGUCGUAGCCAGGCACCCUAUGCGGUACCCUUUGCAGAUGCUCGUCAGCAUGGGGCAGUUCUAUGGAGAUGUCCUCUACUACGCCACCAGUUUCUUCGACCACUACACUGCAGGGAUAUCAUAUUCGAGGCCAGAGGCAUUCUACUUCUGGUUCUACUUCAUUCUGAUGAACUUCUUCUGGAUCAUCAUACCAGGCUACUUGAUGUACCAGGGCGCCACGGUGGCAGCAAAUGCGAUAGCGAUAGUACACAAGAGUGACAGGAGCAAGAAGGCUCUGUGA